AUUGCAUUCAAGGUGGCAGUGUAUUGUUCGAGUAUGAAACAAAUUGCAACGAAUAUGCGUUCAUUCUCAACGCAGUUUCGUCAAAAUCCCCGUGUUGUUAUAUUCAUUGAUCGUGAUUUCGGUUAUUACCAGUACGUGUUGAUUACAUCUGAGGACUACUGUCAGGACGGCUUGGCUAUUUUACAUUUCGCACGUUAUCGUGUGGUACUUUUUAAAUGUUCCACACCAAAAGCAUAUCAGUGUCAAAUCUUAGGUCGUCAGAACACAUUGCUUGGACCUAGUAAACAAUUCCCGUUUCUUGGUGAUGUCACUUCUCAAAUGGCGUUCGAUCAUGACAAUAUGGAAUCCGACCUGAAGAAAGAAGCCAAAACGCAACCAAAACUAAACGUUCCGUCGGCAUCGAUCGGUGAAGUUCUUGAGAAAUGUUCGAACAGCGUGAAACGUCAACCAACAAAUUCGGAUAAUGAAUUUGCCACUAAGAAUGUCGAACUCACUGCUCUCGAAUGUCCUCGAUUGCUCAGACGAGAUUUGAAAGAGUUAUUCCCAUCGAUCAAUCUCGUCGAUCGUACGGUCAGCGUACUGAAUUUAUCGCAAAAAACUGAUACGGAUAUGAGUGCGUGGAGUGUUGAAAUGGAAAUUGAACGGAUGCAACUCACUUCUGCGUUUAUCGAAUCAGCGACAGCUAUUUGCAGUGCGUUGCAUCGUCUUGGCUAUUGGGCUGACUUCAUUGAUCCCGCAUCUGGAAGACCGUAUCUUGGGAAGUUCACCAAUGCAACGCUCUUCGAAACAGAUGAUCGAUACCGCAGUCUUGGAUUUAAGAUCACCGAUUUGGGAUGUUGUAAAGUUCUUGAGCAUUCGUUAUGGGGUACAAAUGCAUUUGUUGGAACGAUUUUUACGGAUGCACCAAUUGAUUCCGAAGCAAUUUGUCAAAUUCUAGACAAAGUGAAUGCAGAUUCAAGUUGA